UCCUGAGUAACAUACAUCCCUCCAGCACCAGGACCAUUGUCACCUAUACCUCCUCCAGCCUGCAUAACUUUACCACCUCUACUAACACCAACUGGGGGGGAGUUACUGGCAGAGUCCCUCCAGUACCUGGACUGUGAGCAGCUCUACAUGCAGUGAUUAGCCCCUGCCUCCCCAGCACACAGCCGGUCCUGGCCGGAGGAUGCUCAGGAGAGACCUGAGGCUGCGCUGGAGAGGUUGUGCCCUCCGCCUGGCCGCCCUGUGCCUGGCUGUCCUUCUCUGUACCCACCUGUCUGCGGAGUUUAGGCGCUGGUCGUGGCCCCCGGGCGAGCUGCUAGAGAAGGUGCAGGUUACCAGCCGGGGACCAGGAGGAGGGGAGCAGGGCAGGAGGAUAGAAGAGGUGCCCAGCAGGAGGCAAGUGAUCUAUGUGAGGAGAAGCAGCAGAGCUGGGGAACCCGGAAAGCAGGGGGUCAGCUCUUCAGAGAUCAGGAGAGACCCCAAGAAGCCUCUACGCUGGCAUUUAGACUUACAGCCGUGGGCUAGUUUUAGCCACUCACUAAAUGACGAGGCAAAAAGAUUUCUUCGCUACAUUACAACAGCUCAGAUAUUUUGUUCUCACAUGGUGAACAAUGGUCUGUCAAAUCAGAUUGAGGACACAUUAAAGCCUUGGACUGUCUGCUUGGAUGAUAAAUUUGAAUUAUCUCACCAGAUCAGAAAUAAACAAUGUCGCGUUUACUCAUUGGGAUUAGGGGAAGAUGAUUACAUCUUUGAAGCCAACAUGGCCAAUGGAGGAUGUGAAGUCCAUCGCUUUGAUCCAAGCAUUACAUCUGCUCACAUCCAUGAAGGGGAACGACUUUGGCACCAUCGCCUCUCUGUUGACUGGAGAGAUCCCAACCCUGCUAUUGCUACAAAUAAACUACACAGCAAUACGAAAAAAUUAGGCACCAUUAUCAAUGAGUUUGGUCACUGGAAGAUUGAUAUUCUGAAAGCAGACAUGGAGAGUGCAGAGUGGAAGAUCUUGGAGAAUCUGAUUUUAGAAGGCAUUGUGGAUCAAAUAGGACAAUUAGUAGUGGAAAUCCACCUCCACUGGCCAGGCUUUGAAGUCAGCGGGAAUGACAGCAGUGUGGUUAGAUAUUGGUAUAGCCUUUUUAAAGAACUAGAACGAAAGAGCUUCAAGCUCUUUUACACUUACAAAGACUUAAAUAAACCACAAAUGUUGCUGAGAAAGGAAAUCUUCAAUGCAAGUAGUAGCUAUAUCCUAAGCUGGGUAAAUACGAAGUGGACGUGAUACAAACACAAGGACAUAUAGUGCUUUGAAGCAACUUACCUUCUAAUACAGUCCAUUUCUUUACGAGAAACGUUUAUGAUGUCAAAACUAAAAGGUAUUGUGUGUAUCUAGUGAAAGUGUUAUCUCUUAUUUAGGGAGGAUGUUUGAUACAGGAUGCUAGGACAUGUUUUGUUCCUGGUACACAACAUGGGAAAUGGGAAUUCAAUAUAUUAUUGAACAUAUGCUCGAAGAGAGGAGGUUAGUGCCUCCACCCAGAAUCCCUGGAGAAAUAAGUCCACCUGCUGCAUCACAAGAGGACGUUUCCUCUUCCCCUACACAUGUACAGUGUAUAAUUGCUGGGCAGGUGAAUGCAGUACAAAUCAACAUCAGGAGGAGUAUAGGGGACAUUUUAGCAUUCCUAAUGACAACAGUUUGAUGGUUAAGGGUAGCGGACAAUUGUCAGCUACCUUCUUGACCAGGUCUGGGCAAACGGUAGAUCAAUAGAUCACCAGAUGUUCGAGAUUGUCAGCUGCAAUGAUGCUUGGCAAAGCAUCAUGGAAGUUGUAGUUCUACAACAUCUGUGGAUCUACCAUUUCCUCCAGCCCUAUUCUAGACGGCUUAGAGUUCACUGCAUGAAGAUGCAAAUGCUGGGGAGAUGCAGGAACCACAGGAAUGUAAUUCUUUCUUCAUCUUUUUAUUUGUACUUUUUUGUUUAAUAUAUUUUCUUUUUAUUUUAAUGCAUUAUGAAACCUGGGGAUCACCUCCACCCAGGAGUGUCACUUUAUUUAUUUUUUAUUAUGCUAUAGUGAUUUAUGGUGGGGGUGGGGGGGAAUAGAGGUGAUAAUCUGCUUCAACUAAAUUUCUAUGAAAUGUUAUAAUGCCAGAUAUUUUUAUGUAUUUUUUAUGUUAUGUAUAGGAAAGCUGCAACAUAUUAAGGGGAUGUGAAUAUUGAUAAUACAUGUUUGUGAGUUUCACAAGUUAAAUCAGUAAUUUAAAUAAGGCAAAUAAACCAAUGGCUUGUUUGGAAUCGACCACAUUUAAAAAGAAUAGGCUGAGAAAUUCAGUCUCCAUUUUGAUCGGCCAGGAUAUUUUGUUAAAAACAACACAACUGGAUUGUGUUUUAGGUAAUUCCAUUGUUUUAUAUUGAUGUAUUUAUUUAAGGUCAGUCCAUCUGCCUGUCAAAUGUAAUGUGUUAAAAUAAAAGGCUGGACCAUUUGACAAGUAAGAUAUAAUUAAAUGUAUUUGUAAAAAUCACCAUUUUGUUUGCUCAAGAAAAAAAUCCAAAAUGAACAAUCACAGACAAGGACAAAACAAUAAAUAAUUGUAUCAGGUGGUCUAUGGUGACAGCUGUGAUUUGUACAUACGUUUAAUACAGUGACUUUGCCUCGCCUGAGAAUGCUUCAGAUAUGCAUCUUCACAUUGUACACAAUAAAUCUAUGGUGGAUCUGUA